CAUUGCAGAAUUGCCGUUUUAGCAUAUUAUGGCCCAUUCACGAUGAGCAGACAUGGCAUCAUUUUUCCGGAUCGCUAAAAAUGAGUAUGAGGAAUUGCACAUUUACGUGGAAGCUUCAGGGACCCCGUCACAAAAUUUGACGUUCCACGGAACUCCCGGAGAGAAAGGCCCAUCAUCAGUAUAUGGUCAGAGGAACAACCGUCAAACGUUUCAGAACUGUGAAUCUCUCGGUCAUGAACCUCGUUCUUUCCGCGAGGCCAUGAUGGAUACAGGUUGGCGGGCUGCCAUGCGCGCAGCAUGAAAUACAGGCACUCGAGAACAACCAUACCUGGGAUAUGGUUCGUCUUCCUCCGGGCAAACAGGCACUUGGGAGGAAAUGGGUCUACAAAAUCAAAUACCACUCUGAUGGGACAGUGGAACGGCUCAAGGUUCGUUUGGUGGUGCUUGGUAACCACCAAAAAGCAGGUAUCAAUUAUACUGACACUUUUGCUCCGGUAGCCAAGAUGGUUACCGUUCGUGUUUUUUUGGCGGUUGUUGCAGCUAAAAAUUGGGAAUUGCGUCAAAUGGAUGUUCAUAAUGCUUUUCUUCACGGUGAUUUGCGUGACGAGGUGUACAUGAAACCUCUGCCGGGUUUUCAUUCUCGGUCAGAUAUGGUCUAUCGGCUGAGGAAAUCUCUGAAUGGCUUACGUCAGGCUCCCAGGUGUUGGUUUGCCAAGCUCACAUGCUCCUUACGGAAUUAUGGUUUUUGUUAGUCUAAGCCUGAUUGUUCCUUAUUUACUUAUCACAAGGGUGAUAUUCAGUUACAUGUUUUAAUAUAUGUUGAUGAUUUAAUUGUUGCUGGUAAUAAUUCUCAUGCUCUAUCUCAAUUUAAGCAAUACCUUCACACUUGCUUUCACAUGAAAAAUUUGGGUGUUCUUAAAUAUUUUCUUGGCAUUGAGGUUGCCCGGAGUGCUGAUGGCUUAUUUCUUUGCCAACGCAAAUAUGCUCUGGAUAUUAUUUCUGAGGCCGGUCUUCUGGGUGCUAAACCACCCCCUUGUCCCAUGGAGGCAAAUUAUUCUCUCGCUUUGUCUAGAGGAGAUUUAUUAUCUAACCCAAAACCUUAUCGUCAUCUCGUGGGUCGACUAAUUUAUCUCUAUUUUACACGCCCAGACUUGGCAUAUGAUAUUCACAUUUUGUCUCAGUUUAUGCAGGCCCCACGACAAGAUCACUGGCACGUUGCUCUACGUGUCGUUCGCUACCUUAAAGGAACACAUUGACAGGGAAUAAUUCUUCCUUCUACCUCGGAUAUGCAUCUCACGGCCUGGUGUGACUCCGACUGGGCAAGCUUCCCUCUCACUCGCCCGUCCCUAACCGGUUGGGUGAUAUUUUUUGAUGGGGCUCCAAUUUCUUGGAAAUCUAAGAAGCAACACACUGUCUCCCGAUCUUCUACAGAGGCUGAGUAUCGCUCCAUGGCCACCGUCACCGCUGAAUUAAAAUGGCUUAAGGGGUUUCUCCUUUCACUUGGUGUGCGUCAUUCUUUACCCAUGUCUCUAUUUUGUGACAGUCGCUCCGCUCUUCACAUUGCUCAUAAUCAUGUUUUUCAUGAACGCACGAAGCAUAUUGAGGAUCUUUAAUCCUCAUGCUAUUCAAGAUGGUAUUCAGGAUGGUCUCCUCAGUGUUCGUCAUGUUUCUACUGGCAAUCCGUUGGCUGACAUCUUCACCAAAACUCUUGGUCAAUGACAAUUUCUCUUUCUUCUCAACAAGUUGGGCAUCUUUAAUCCUCAUGCUCCAACUUGAUGGGGGUGUUAGACCGUUAUUAUUAGCUCAUUAUUUUUAUGCAUUUAAUUGGGCUUGUAUAGUUAUUAGCUUAGUGUAUUAUUGAGUGGGGCAAGGGUUUGUUUAUUCGGUCAGUACAUACUUGUAUAAAUACAAACUCACGCAGGAAUUCAACCAAAGGAAAUUUUGACCCUAAA